AUGUCAUUAAUGGAGGUAUCUCCCGAAAGAGGUGAAAAGGGUAUACAGAACGGUAUGGAUAAUGCUCUAUUUUCUCAACCUCAGGCGGAAGGGUCUAAAGAGGUGCAACAGAUGGCAGGUACAGUAAUGUGCUCGUUAAAUAAACAAUCUCAUUCACCUACCUCAUCUUCUUUCUUUGUGGAUCAUCUGUAUGAGCUAAGAGGCAGACAAAAUUACACCGUGGAUGACGAAAGUGGACUCAGGAGGGAUAAAGAACCACCAGACAGGGGCUUUUACUCUGAUCAAGAAAGCUCAAAAAAUUGGGCUGAUUCAAGUGAAGAUGCCACUGUAAAUGAAGAUCAAGGAAUUAUCUUGCUAAACCAAACAACAGUGAACUACUCCGACUGCAGUACUGGGCAUAGUCCCAGAGAGAAAAAUAUGUGGCUUUUAUGGAAUGAUAACUUGGAAGUUAAGAGCAUGCUGCACUUUGAACAAGCUAUGACCGUGUCAGUCUCCUACCAGGGAGCUGAUCCAGUGUUAGUUACGGUGGUGUAUGGUUGUUGUGACUUACUUGUUAAGGAGGCCCUUGUGGGGACACUUACAGCUGGGGAUCGUGGCUCAUUUUGUUGCUACAGCUGGUUUUAUCAGACUUUAUCUUUGGUAAACAUUGAAGGCUUUCCACGGUUCUGCUCAGAGGGUUUUCAGCUGGAUUUCCAGCUGCUUUCUUGUCGCUGCUGCUGGCCACCUCUGGUCUCUUUUUCUUCAGCUGGUUUUGCUGAUUUUCUCAUGGUCUCUCAGCGGUUCUUUCAUCUGCUUGACGCUGGCUAUUGGUCUGCUGCUGUGGGUUUCUCUGUUGCUGCUUCCUUCGGCAGUCAGCUGGGGAUUUGUUCUCAGCGGGCUCUCAGUUGCUGUGUUGGUUCUGGGCUUAUGUUCAUUCCUCAUGGUUUUCAUCAUCUCGCAGUUGCUGUCUCUUGGGUUUCCAGCUUUCCUCCAGCUGGACUCUCAGCUGGCUUUUGCUGGCCUUCAUGUAUGCCGUUUCUCCCUCGUGCUUUCCAUGCCUGGAUGAGUUAUGGGCUGAUGGGUGCUGGCAGUGGCAAAGUUUGGGGGUGCAGAAGGGUCUAUGAAGAUAGCUCACUCUCGGCCUAUGCUGUGUUUCUAGAUAUCUGCUCCACUCUGCGUCUUCAGGCUUAUGGCGUUAGACCCAAAGAUAAGGAAGGCAUGAUUGGUAUGGAAUUCUUGAGGGCAUUAAAGCUGAUUUUCUUUCCAACUGGUUCUCUCUGUGAUGUGGUGCUUUCAGUUUGGAGGACUCUGCUGGUUUCCCUUGUUCCUGCUGGUUUUUCAGGCAACAUCUGUUUCUUUAAUGCUGUUGUGGGGGUUCUCAUGUUGCUUUUCUGCUGCUUGUUGUCUGGAUGCACUGUUCAUGUGAACUGCUUCGCGAUUGCUGCAGAUUGUCUCUUCCAGCUGAUCUCAGUUGGUUUAUUGACUGGAACACAAUGUUUGUAUUUCAAGGUUCUGUUCAGCAGCAUUUCUUCUCUGUCCAAGUCCACUGCUCACGCGAGCAGUCCGGUUGCUGCACUGCUGAAUCUUCUUGUUUUCCAGCUGGUUUUCCAAUUGGUUUCUUGCUUGUAUGAGCCACUCAGCUGGCCUCUCUACUGUUUUUUUGGUUUUGCAAUGAAGGAGUGCUGGGGGCUGUGUGUGGGUUCUGAUCAGAAGGGGACUGUUCACCUGGGACUUCAGCUGCUCCUAGCUGAGAUUUAUUGUUACUUUUACGCCUUCUGCUGUAUCAUGUUGGCAUUUAUUGGCUUCCUCUCAGAUGUUGGUAUUUCACGGUUCUGUUCAGCAGCAUUUCUUCUCUGUCCAAGUCCACUGCUCACCGGGAUCCCAGCUGCUUUCUCUUACGGUGUUACUGCUGCCUUUUCUGAUGAAUUUCAGCUGCCUCUGCUCUCACCCUUUGCAGCUGCUUUUCAUGCGUCUGUUCACCUGAUUACAGCUGGAAUUUCAGCUGCUGUUCAACUGGAUUAA